GGUGACCUCUCGGAGGGGCCGCAGAGGGGACGCGUGGCUUCCGAGGCCCCCCGGCUCUGAACUGACGCGACUACAGAAAGCCCUGAACGUCAGAGGCCGUUGGUCCGGUCUUCCUCUGAAGGCCCCCCCAUCUCUGUGCCCUCCUGCCUGGGGGCCUCCCGGCUCUCCCGGUGCUCUGCCUGGCUCCCUCCUCACCCUCUCCACCCCGUGGCGUUGCUCGUUCCCGUGAAGGUGUCCCAUCCCUCCCACGAGAAACUCCCACAGAGACGACUGAGUCCCGCUCAGCCACCCGGUGCUCUCCACCCCGGGCUCGGGCCUACAGGACAGAACCUUCCUGUUUGUUGAAUCACGGUGACAAACGGGGACCCCCUCGUGGAUUCUCGCGGGGAGCGCGGACUACCACCCGUGGGGGACUCUUCCCAACAACAGGGCAGGGACAACACGUAGGGAGCCCCACCCCCACCCCCAGUUCCGGUCCUCGAUCUUUCCAGUCACCUCUCGGUUCUAGAGCCCUCUGGCCAUUCUGGUGUCACUGUUCCUGCUCCCCCGGGUUCUAGAACGGCCCGCCGCCAGUGAGCUGUCUGGUCUGGCUCUGCUGCCAUGCGCUGGCGUGACAGGAUCAGCGUGCUCUUCUUCCCGCCGGGGGUGGUGCUGACGCUGGCAUCACUGAUGCUCUUGAUCCUGCACGUCGGCAUCUUCGCCAACGACGUGCACCAUUUCUGCAUCACCCGCCAAUUCAAUCUGAUGAGCUUCCGCAGCACCGUCAUCAUCCUGUUCUCACAGGUGAUGAGCAUCUGGUGGGCCUCCAUGGGGUCGCUCUUCGCAGAGUUGAUCGAGGACAAAAUUCUGAGGUGUUUCGCCCUGACCGUUCUGAUGCUCAACACGGUCAUGUUUAUCAACCGCCUGACCCUGGAGUUCCUCACCAUCACAUACCGGGAGGAGAAGCACUGAGACACUGGAGAG